AUGGCAAAAACAGCAACAUCUCCAAAGAAGGUUAAAACGACCAGUGUAAAGAAGGUCAACCAGCAUGCCCGAGCUCAUCCUCCAGUGAAACAAUUAGUCGUUGGUGCUGUAAAAGCUCUAAAAGAACGUAAAGGCUCAUCAUUGUUGGCCAUCAAAAAAUACAUUAAACUUAAUGCGAAAUUGGAUUCCGAAAAAUUGUCACCAUAUAUCAAGAAAUUCCUCAGGAAAGCUGUUGCCAAUGGUUUGUUAGUUCAGACCAAAGGAAAAGGAGCUGCAGGAUCAUUUAAGUUACCAACCAAAGAGAAUAAGGCUAAAAAACUCAAAGCACAAAAGAGUGGUUUCUCGAAAAAAUCGAAAAAGACCGUCGUCAGCAAAGUCCAGACACCCAAGAAGAAUCCAACAAAGAAAACAGCCAGUCCUACGAAGAAGUCAAAAACACCCAAAAAAGUGGCAGUUAAGAAGCCAAAGACACUUAAAAAACACAUAUUAAAAAAGACAACCAAGAAAAAUUGA